CUCCACCGUGGACAGAGGCGGCAGCCCCCACCCCCGCACUGCUGACGCGCCCCCGAAUCCCUUCUGGCUUGCAUUCCAGCCCCUCGUCCUGCCUGGUGCGGUGCAGCGGCGGCAGUGGCAGCAGAGCCUGGGAAAGCAGGUCUGCACCUCUGUUUCCCCGAUUGGGAGUCACCAAGAUGCCCAUUCUGGAGAAAAUCCCCCCUAAGAUGGCAGCAAAAAGUCCCAGCAGAGAGGAGGCGCCUGGGCUGCCCAAACUCCCAGUGCCCCCCCUGCAGCAGACCCUGGCCACUUACCUGCGGUGUAUGCAACACCUGGUAUCUGAGGAGCAAUUCAGAAGGAGCCAGGCCAUCGUGCGGCAGUUUGGGGCCCCUGGUGGCCUCGGUGAGACCUUGCAGCAGAAGCUCUUGGAGCGGCAGGAGAAGACGGCCAACUGGGUAUCAGAGUACUGGCUGAAUGACAUGUACCUUAAUAACCGCCUGGCCCUGCCUGUCAACUCCAGCCCGGCUGUGAUCUUUGCACGGCAGCACUUCCAAGACACCAAUGACCAGCUAAGGUUUGCAGCCAAUCUCAUCUCCGGUGUGCUCAGCUACAAGGCCCUUCUGGACAGCCACUCCAUCCCCACUGACUGCGCCAAGGGCCAGCUGUCUGGGCAGCCGCUCUGCAUGAAGCAAUAUUAUGGGCUUUUCUCCUCCUACCGGCUCCCCGGCCACACCCAGGACACGCUGGUGGCCCAGAGGAGCAGUGUCAUGCCCGAGCCCGAGCACGUCAUCGUGGCCUGCCGCAACCAGUUCUUUGUCUUGGAUGUUGUCAUUAAUUUCCGCCGUCUCAGUGAGGGGGAUCUGUUCACUCAGUUGAGAAAGAUAGUCAAAAUGGCUUCCAACGAGGAUGAACGCUUGCCUCCAAUCGGCCUACUGACGUCAGACGGGAGGAGCGAGUGGGCUGAGGCCAGGACAGUCCUCGUGAAAGACUCCACCAACCGGGACUCUCUGGAUAUGAUCGAGCGCUGCAUCUGUCUGGUGUGCCUGGACGCCCCGGGAGGCUUGGAGCCCAGCGACGCCAACAGGGCGCUCCAGCUCCUCCACGGCGGAGGCUGCAGCAAGAAUGGGGCCAACCGAUGGUAUGACAAGUCCCUGCAGUUUGUGGUGGGCCGAGACGGCACCUGCGGCGUGGUGUGUGAACACUCCCCUUUUGACGGCAUCGUCCUGGUGCAGUGCACGGAGCAUCUGCUCAAACACAUGGUGAAGAGCAGCAAGAAGAUGGUCCGAGCUGACUCCGUCAGUGAGCUCCCAGCGCCCCGGAGGCUGAGGUGGAAAUGCUCCCCAGAAAUUCAAGGCCUCUUAGCCUCCUCGGCAGAAAAACUUCAACAAAUCGUCAAGAAUCUCGACUUCACUGUUUAUAAGUUUGAUGACUAUGGCAAAACAUUCAUUAAGAAGCAGAAAUGCAGCCCCGAUGCCUUUAUUCAGGUGGCCCUCCAGCUGGCCUUCUACAGGCUCCACCGGCGACUGGUGCCCACCUACGAGAGCGCAUCCAUCCGUCGGUUCCAGGAGGGACGGGUGGACAACAUUCGAUCGGCGACCCCGGAGGCGCUGCGCUUUGUGAAAGCCAUCGCUGAGCCCACAGCCAAUGUGCCGGAUUCAGAGAAGCUGGCACUCCUGAAGGAUGCCAUCCGAGCCCAGACCGAGUAUACAGUCAUGGCCAUAACAGGGAUGGCCAUCGACAACCACCUGCUGGGGCUGCGGGAGCUGGCCCGGGAAGUGUGCAAGGAGCCGCCUGAGAUGUUCACGGAUGAAACAUACCUGAUGAGCAACCGGUUUGUCCUCUCCACCAGCCAGGUGCCCACCACCAUGGAGAUGUUUUGCUGCUACGGACCUGUGGUACCCAAUGGGUAUGGCGCCUGCUACAACCCCCAGCCAGAGAGCAUCCUUUUCUGCAUCUCCAGCUUCCAUGGCUGCAAAGAGACCUCUUCAACCAAGUUUGCAAAAGCUGUGGAAGAAAGCCUCGUUGAAAUGAGAGGCCUCUGCAGUCUGCCACAAUCUGCCACGGGGAAGCCACUGGCGACCAAGGAAAAAGUCAUGAGGCCCAGCCAAGGGCAUCAACCUUGACUGCUGCCACUAGGUUUCACCUCCCCAAACCCAGCAUUCUGCAGCUGUCCAAUCCGACCGAAGCUCUGCUCCCAACCCUCACCCAGCUUUCUGUAGCUCCCCUGUAACUCCAGGCCUAACAUGCAGACCACACUGAGGCAACACACAAAGCUGGAGUUUUAGGAGGAAAGUGUCCCUCGUUAUGCAUGGGAAUCAUCAUUAUUUAUCAAGCUGCCCUCUGACCUCUGCCCUGGGAAAUAAGACCAGCCUGGCUCAGGGGUGGCCAGGGUGAGGUGCGGGAAGUCAGCCCCGAUUUCCCUCCACGGCCACAGAAGCUUAAUGUUAGUGUUUGCUUCCUAGCAGGAACUGGCAUGUCCAGGUGAUGCUUUUGCCCAAUGAAAGAAUGAGUCACCUUAUUAUGUGCAAUGUACCCAAAUGAACCAUGAAAGGAGAGGCCAACUCCAGGUCAUUACCUGGUAUCUUUUUGGGAGGAGUUUUCAGAGUCAAAGCAGCCUGAUCAUGGCAUUCAGGGUGACCUGCCCCGAGCCACACAGUCCUGUAAGCACUCCCUCCCCUACACACACACACACACACACACACACAGCCCAAGUUAACUUAAAAUACAGUGAUCCGGGCCCACAAAUACAUUUCUCCUUCAGCCUGGGAGUUCUGAACUCAUCCACUGAGUUCAGAAUGUCUGGUCCGGCUAUUCUGAAAGGGGAAAUAAAGGUCUGCCAUUGCCCCGGGGUAGCUGCUGCUCCUGGCUUCCCCUGGGGGCGUGGUGGGGACCAGUGCACUUCCCUUGGGAUCUUGCCACUUGCAUUUUUUCUGGUUGUGUUCCCACUCGCCUUCACAAGAAACAUGCCCUGAUAGGUGAUCAGCCUUUUAGAGGAGAGGAGAGAGGGGUGCUUCGGGGGUUUUCUGUGGCUGUUGUUUUGUUUUGUUCAUUCUUAAGAGAGGCUUUUAAGAAAUUCACUGUGACGUGAAUUUCAGAAAAUGAUUUCAGUGGCCUAAGCAGGACACCCUUGGUCAGCUGGGCUCCUUUAUGUGGGCAAUGUUAUCCAGGGAUUCUGACUAAAAGCCAUGUGGAAGGGCCCAGAGCAAGGCUCUCCACUGGCCUGGGGGCUGAGGGCACAGCUGGCAGGAGCAGGGCUGGGAGGAGGGAAUGGGCCGUGUGCAGACCCAGCCCUGGUGGAGAGGCCAACAGUCCACUGAGCCAGGGGGGGAGACCGUCCAGAGAGGCUGUGAUCGCAGAGGGGAUAUGAGAGAAACUUUCCACUGGGGCAUAUUUUUAUGGGAAAGCAACCAGAAAAAUCAAAACUGCAAAUAGCUGGGGCAGCCUGCCUAGGUCCAGCGAGGAGCAGAGGUGGGUCUCAUCAUGUUGAGUUCUGCCAUGCUCCCUGCAGGGUUUUCUGAAAAAGCCCCCCUGCCCGCUGCCAUCUUGCUUUGUUCUAUGUCAUUCUGAGCCCUCCACUCUGGCCCAGGGACCCUGCAUGUGUCCCUUCCUUGGGCCACCGUGCAAGCUCUCUGCACUUCAACCUGUAUUGAAGCAGGCAGACCUGAGACAGAGUAGGCAUUCUGACCUUUGCUGGGCUCAUUGAAAACACAAACAUCUGUAAGCAGUAAAUCCCGUGAGCCCCUGGUUUUAAGUUGAGGGGUUUCUAUUGGAUGAUCAGGAUGAUUCUGGCCCUGCCCCUUCAAAGCCACUGGUCUGCAGGCCCAUGCUCCUUCUCUCAGACGUCUACCUUCCUUCUCCCCCUGGAAAGGUGUGGCCUAGGAGUCCUGGAAAUGUUUGGGGAACUGCUGUCCACCUGCUGUAAGUUGACCCAAAGCUGCUUGUCUGUUCUCAUCAAAUGACCGCAGUAGAGGUCCAAGCUCUUCUGGUUUCUCUCCAUGGAUUCCUGGGCAGGCAGAGAGCUUUGGGAUCAGGCAGCCCCACUGACCUUGACCAAGAGACUUAAAUGCUCAGACACUCAAUUCCCUCCAUUGUCCAAUGGGGAUGAGAGUGUUCUGGCCUCAUGAGGCUGUCAGGAUGGUAGGUCGCGUGUGUAAAGGACCUUGCACAAGCAGGUGGGCACUGGUGCCUGCUGUCAGGGUGACGAUACCCCAACAGGCAUUGUUUGGGUGAUGUUUGUUUCACACUUUGUACACUGAUUUGACAGGACCAAACUCACAUCUACCAUUCUCUGAGCACAGGGAAAGGAAACUGACUUUGUGUAUUCAGAUGUCAACCACGUGUGGAUGGCAGACAUUUGGCAGGAGGGAACACCUCCUCUCUCUGAGGAAGGGCUGGAAGCUGGUCUUCCCCCUCCAAGAACAGGUGGGUGCACUGAGCCUUUAUGCAAAGGCGCUGCUGAGCCAUGGCCAUGGGCAUCUCUGCAGAGACCCUGGUAAAGAGACUGUUCCAGGUGUCCCCAAUGGGGUAGAAAAUGAGACUUGGAGACAGACCUUCAGGGGCAGUGAUGCAUAAUAAAAAUGUACAUGGCCACCUUACAAUAACUGCUAAGUUGCCAAAAUAUAUAAAGUUGAGAUUUGAGUUCUAUUUUUAUAAAAUAGUUCUAGA